GAUGCACAAACACAAAAAUCUCUAUAACAGUCUACAUGAUUGCAUAGUCUAGUCGAAGUAGAGGGAUAGACGACCAAGGAGAUUAUGUCAUCAUCAAUGGUGGAACCUUCCUUCUCCUCUAUGUAGCUAGUCAACAUUAAUCGUAUUAGGAUGUGAUCUUGUUUAUUGUUAUGUGAAUGAGUGCCAUGAUUUCAUCUCAUGCUUAUGUUUGUCUAUGAAGAUUCUGAUGCCUAUGAUGAUCAUUGAUGCUUUAUUGUUUUUUCUGCUUGUGAUGGCAAUUUAUGUUUCUAUAGUGUGAAUGCUUUUGAUACCAUUGAUGUUUAUGAUUCUAUUGUUUGUUACUAUAUUCAUUGUGCUUAGUAUUGCCUAGAUUGUCGAGAAAUUACCUUUUAGGGAUAUCCCAUUGAUGCUACACGAGUAUGAGAGGAUUGAUCACCUAUCUAUGCUUUGAGUAGUAUCAAUGCUUGAUUGUUAGAUCAUAUAUGCUACAUGCUAUAGUUAUGGUUGGUGGAAGCCCACAAUUAACCAUAUUAUAUCCUAACUUCAUUGCUCUUCAUUGAUUAGGUAGUGGCAUAAAGCAAAAGCACGCAUUAGCUAUAUCCUAACUUCAUUGCUCUUCAUUGAUUAGGUAGUGGCAUAAAGCAAAAGCAAGCAUUAGCUAGUUAAAUCUCUAUUGCAAGAAGUGCAUGCACGGGUUGAGAGUGGUCGUAGAGGAAGGGAUAGGGUAUUACAAUAAAUAAAUCAUCGAUGCUUGAUUUGAACGAUCCCUAGUUUGCAUGAUCUUAUUCGAGUUCAUGAUCUAGUACAAUAGCAUAUCUUUACUUUUAUGCAUCUGUAACUCAAAAACUCCUAAACAAUUUUACUCUUCUUGCUUUGCUUAUUUGUCUUUGAUUAUCACGUAUGUGUUGAUGGUUGGCAUGAGCAGUUAUGCAUUAGAAGACCUCGAGGAAUACGACCCUAGCACAUCUAGAAAUUUAUAACCUGAUCUCGCAUCAGAGUGAAGAGAAGUUUGGAAGCAUAAAGAUGAAAUUAGUAACCAUUAAGAAAAAACUCCAAAAUAUCCCACCACUCCCAAAGUCCAGGGAAGUUAUUGGGCAAAGUAAGAUGCUUGAAGCGAAAAAAAUCAUACUUGAACUAUAAAACCUAACUGAUAUGGAGGUAGCGAUCUAGAGUGGAAUGGCUCCGGGUAGGAGAUAAAAAUAUAAAAUUUUGUCAUGCUAAGGCAUCUGCAAGACAAAUGGGUAAUACUAUUAAGAGGUUGAAAGACAAGAAUGGCAAAAUAUCAGAAGGACAAAAGGAGGUUAGGGAGUGUAAAGAAUUAUUCACCAGUGAGAUUGAGCAGAAUUCAGAGAUAGUUAUCCAAGAUAUUGAGGCAAAGGUUACGAAUGAUAUGAAUCAAGUCCUUAUCGCCCCUUUUCAUGACGAUGAAUUGGAUCAUGAUCUAAAACAAAUGGGAUCAUUUAAAGCCCUUGGAUUAUAUGGUUUAUCAACAGCUUUCUAACAAUAACAUUGGUUUCACAUUGGACCUAUGGUUUAAAACUUGGUUUUACAGUUUCUCAAUGCCAACUACAUCCAUGUUGAGGUUAACCAUACUCUCCUAGUUUAAUUCCUAAGUAUAAGAACCCAUCAUCUCCUGAAAAGUUUCGCCCCAUCAGCUUAUGUCGUGUGCUCUACAAACUUAUCUCUAAGGUACUUGCGAACCAACUCAGAAUCAUCCUUGAUGUACUUAUUUCUGAAAUCAAAAGCGCUUUUGUCCUGAGAUGACUCAUAAUAAAUUAUGUUAUUUCAGCCUUUGAGUAUUUUCAUUGGAAAAUAAAAGAAAAGGGUAGGAAAGGCCUCUUUGCUACAAAACUCGACAUGACUAAGGCCUAUGAUCGAGUAGAGUGGAGCUUCAUUUAGAAGGUUAUGAGGAAACUUGGUUUCCAUGAACAAUGGAUUCUGCUUUCAUGACAUGUGUAUGGUCGGUUUCUUAAUCAGUUAUAGUUAACAUUAAAAGAUCCAUGACUUUCAACCUACUCAUGGUUUGAGACAAGGCGAUCACUUAUCAUCAUACUUGUCUCUUAUAUGAAAGAAAAGAGUUUCAUUCCUUUUAAAAAAAAGGCAUAAAAGUGUGGUUUUCUUGAUGAUAUCAGAAUUUUUAAUAAAGAUCCUAUUGUCUCACACACGUUUUUUGCUUGUGAUAAUUUUCUUUUUGCUAGAGCUACUAAGGAAGAAUGAUAUGAAGUAAGAGAAAUUUUGAAGAUAUAUGAAGUGGAAUCAGGUAAGAAGUUGAAUCUUAGAAAAUCGGAGGUAACUUUUAGUAAGAAUAUUGAAGGAGACAGAAGAAAUGAGAUAUAUGAGGUUCUGGGGAUCAAAGAGGCCAAUAUGACAAAUAUCUAGGACUCUCAAUCCUAAUUGGUAGGGGUGUUCAAAUGGUUACCAUGGUUAUUACCAAAUCAAAUAAGAUUAAAUUUCAUUAACCAUAGAAUACAAUAUCAUAACCAAACCGUCCAAACUAACACAACAACCAAAUUAACCAAACUAAAGUUUAAUCGGUUUGGUUAAUUGGUUAACCAGAUUAACCAAUAUAAAAUCGGGUUAAUUCUCUAAAUGUUGUUUUUAUUUAUUUACCACGAAUAUAGUGGUUAAAAACUAUUUACAAGAAUGUUUUUUGGUAUGUUGAAAGCGCUCAAGCCUUAGACUCAGGCGCGGCCGCUAGGUGAUGUUUUUUCAAUAAAAUCCAGUGGCGACGCCCGAGACUGGGGCUUUGGUGGUUGAAAAAAAGCAAAAGCGGCGGCACCCCAGACUGAGGCUUUGUCGCUGCCUUCUUUUCUUCCACUCCAUCACCAUAUAUACUCCACCUUUCCUUUGGUUCUUCACCACCAAAAAACUGAAAGAAGUUCCGAAAGAAGCUCUGGUGUUGUUGUCUGGUUGCUGGGAAGAUGACUAAUAAUAGGUAAGAGACGUAUUUAUUUUUUUAAUGUAUUCUUUAUAAUGAUUUUGUCCAGUUAGUAAUUAGUGAGUUUGUUUUUUAUGUAGUGGUUUUAGAAGAUUUGAACUGGCUGUUCGGUGGAAAUCAGAGAAAGUAGAGGACAAUUUGGGUGUCCAUUUCGUAGGUGGUGUAAGUUUUCAGAUGACUAUUCCAUCCAGGGUGAACUACCAGAAACUUUGUGAUAAUCUUCGGAGAAUACGGCGUAGAGACGAAGCAGUACAAGAUAGUGUUGUGAUUACAGGUUUCACUUACUGUCUUAUAGAAUGGCAGAAUGGUGUUUUAUUUCAUUAUGAAAUGCCUAUUAUCGAUGAUGAUAGCUUAAAUGUGCUUUGGAAUUUUAUGGCGCAAAAUCCUUAUUGUUUGGGUGCUGAGAUACAUGUUGAGCUCAGUGAGGAUCGGGGUGGAGAGGAAGAAGAUGAAACAUUGAGCAUGCCAUCCGAUCAUGACUAUGAUGACGGUGAUGACGGAAAGGAGGAAGACGAUGAUGAGGAGGAGGACGACGACGACGACGACGACGGGGAGGAAGGAGAAAAACCUAAUUAUCCUCCAUAUUUUUACUUGCAGGGUAAGUAAGAGGACGAGGAAUUAUCAUAUGCUAAUUCAUACGGCGUAAUUCCAAGGCCUAUUGUUGGUGGAUUUGAUGGAGAAUUCUACAAGGGGCAAAUAUUUCACUCGAAACAAGCUGCACAGGUGGCGAUUAAACACUAUGCACUACAAUGCAACUUUCAGUAUAACGUGGUGGAGUCGUCACCUUCAAUCUGGAAGAUCAGAUGUUUGGUGCACAAGGUGGACAAAUGCCCUUGGAUGGUGUGAUUUGGAUGUCGAGAUGUGGGAGGAUUGGAGCGUGAGAAAGGCCGAGUUGGUGCAUACUUGUAGCAGUACGACUCAACCGACAGAUCAUCGCCAUCUUGAUGUCGACGUUAUAUCUGAGUUCGUGAAACACUUGGUACGUGCUCAACCAAAUUUGAGUGUUCUAACUGUACAGACCUAGUUGAAAGAUAAGUUUAAUAUGCAAGAAGGAUUGGUAUGGGAAACAAAGAGCAUUGGAGAAG